GUAGUAGCCAUGUGCAAAUAAACGUAUGACAGAUAUUUUGUCAACAGUGGUCAAAAACAGAGGGAUUUACUCCCAAGUUAUGAAUGAAAUAUAGUCCACAAUGACUGUUACAACGCCAUAUCUGGAAGUUCGCCACAAAAAGAAAAAUAUUGUUUAAAGAAAGGACGUUUGAAGGUUGCUAACUGGACCCAGAUCUAGCAGGAUUUAUCGACCGGUUUUAACGGAAUGUACAUGUAGGCUCGUACCGGUACUUAAUUUAGCAGAUAGUGACGGUAUUUUAGACUCGAAGUCAAUGAAUUCGCGAGCUGUUACUCAGGUUUUGUCUAAAUUUACCAUUCACCGCAAAGCCCACCAACAAGUGUGUAAAAUUAGUAUUUAAUGGUAGAUGAGUUAGCAGAUCAUAGAGAACAAGGAAGGAAUUGAGUUGUUAUUAGCCUACUUUACUAGUAGUAUAUUACGCGUACAUCUCGCGAUACGUGCGUAUCCCGAUCGAGAACAACUAAAAAAGAGUCUAUCUCAAUCAUUUAAAACAAUAUAUACAGAAUUGAAAAAAGGAAAUUGUAUAGCUUUUAUUUAAAUAAAUAGCUGAUAUUAUUCCAUAGGAAUGCAUCGAUUGUUUCCAAGACAUUUUAAACCCUACUAUAUUUUAAGUAACAAAUUAUCUGUGAAUGAUUCUAAGUUUGUGAGGACCAUAGUAUGUUUGGCAAAUGACAGAAGAUCCAGGGGUCUCAAGAAUGCACGACAUUGCCCCAUAAGAUUUAAUAGUAACUUGCCAGAUCCAAAUAGUAGGUUUUUAUUUUAUAGUGGGAAGUAUUGGAGAGCUGAAGAUGUUGAAGAUAGAAUAUUUGAUUCACUGUGUGAUUCGGAAGGCUAUCUUUCCAUCGCAAAAUUUAAAGGGGAGCUUCGAGCAUCAGGAUUACGUGAAACAGACCCCAGGUUGAAGGAAACAAUGGAGAAGUUUUCUAAAUUCCAAGCUCGUGUGGGUGAAAUGGAAGGCGUACAUUCAAUUCAUUUAGACAGACCAACAUUUAAAGACUGUAUAAGUGAGAAUAUUUUUUUAAUUGCCAAAGCAUUCCACCAAAAUUUCAUCAUCCCAGAGUUUACUACAUUCUGUGAGAAUAUAGAAGAUCUUUACUGGAAGGUCAAGUCUAAUACUGAUGGCAAGGUAGCAUCAUAUAUACCUCAGUUAGCUCGUUAUAGUCCAGAUUUAUGGGGAGUUUCUGUUUGUACUAUAGACGGUCAAAGAUAUUCUAUUGGAGAUGUUGAUAUACCAGUUUGUUUACAAUCUGUCAGUAAACCUCUGACUUAUGCCCUCGUACUAAACGAACAGACUCCUGAAGUGGUACAUCAAUAUGUGGGUCAUGAACCCAGUGGUCGACAAUUUAAUGAAAUCAAACUUUCUGCUGACAAUAAACCUCAUAAUCCAUUGAUAAAUUCUGGUGCUAUAGUUCUAUGUUCUUUACUGAAACAAGACUUUAAUUUAGCUGAUCGCUUUGAUUAUACUUCACAAAUGUUUAAAAAAUUAGCGGGCAAUGAACAUCUUAGUUUUAAUAAUUCAGUAUUUUUGUCUGAACGUGAAACAGCAGACAGAAACUUUGCUCUAGGUUACUAUCUCCGUGAAUAUAAGUGUUUUCCUAAAGGUACUAAUUUAAUGGAGACUUUAGACUUUUAUUUUCAAUUGUGUUCAGUAGAAGUUACAGCCCAGUCAGGUUCAGUGAUCGCUGCAUCUUUAGCCAAUGGUGGAAUCUGUCCAAUAACGGGAGAGCGAGUUCUAGAUGCUGGAGCUGUUAGAAAUACUCUGUCAUUGAUGCACUCCUGUGGAAUGUACGAUUAUUCAGGACAAUUUGCUUUUGAUGUAGGUUUACCAGCUAAAUCUGGUGUAUCUGGCAGUGUAAUGUUAGUGGUACCUAAUGUAAUGGGUGUAUAUAUGUGGGCACCACCUUUAGAUCAAUAUGGUAAUAGUUGUAAAGGUAUACAAUUCUGUGAGGAGCUGGUUGAUAAAUUUAAUUUUCACAACUAUGAUAAUUUACGACACACACAUCGUAAACUUGAUCCACGUGUACAGGAAUACACUAAUGCAGCUAAUGCAGUGGUGGAAUUACUUUUUGCGGCUAAAAACGCUGAUACAUCACAACUCAGAAGAUGUUUGUUAUCUGGUAUGGAUAUGUCACAGGCUGAUUAUGAUGGUCGUACAGCUUUACAUGUUGCUAGUGCUGAAGGCCAUGCAGAGAUCGUCAAUUUCUUAUUAUAUAAAUGCAACGUUUCUCCAUUUCUUGAAGACAGGUGGGGUUUUACCGCUUUGGAUGAUGCGAAAAGAUUUCGAAAAACAGUUGUAGCUGCUGAAUUAGAAAAAUGUAUGCAGGAAAAGGUACCAAGUUCUGAUGAAUCUUAGAUUAUGGUUAAUUCUACCUCACUUAAUACAUAAUCAAAUUUGAUUGGUUUAUCACAACCAGUCAAGGAAAUAUAAGCCAAUCAGAUGGAUUAUCAAAGCUGGCUAGCCAUUGCAGAAGCAAGGAACUUCUUUUGAUGAGCAUAAUACACAUGGCAAGCUGAUAAAAAGCAAUACCAAAGAAUAUUAUAUUAAAUCUUAUCAGAAUUUAAAUAACGGUAUGCAAAUAUAUGAAAUUGUUUGGAUUGUUAAUAUUUGACGAAAAUUUCAUGUGUUACAUAUUCAAAUGAGUAAGUGUGAUCAGAAUUUGAAUAUGUGAAGUAAAAUAAAAUGGUACCAAGUCACUGUUCUAUUUUGUUAUUUGAUCUUGUUGUCACUUAUAAUGUCACAGGGAUGUAACUCUGAGAUAUAGAGGAAAGAAUCGUCACAGUUUUUAUGUAGUGUGUUGUUUCGAGUGAUAAUAAAAAUUGGUGUGCACUUUGCACUUACUAUAUACAGACUUUCAGUUUGAUCUUGUGAAAAAUAUUUUAGUAAUGGCUGAAAUUGGUGUCUGAUGUUUGUUUGAAUCAUGCAAGUCAUCUAUUGAAAAACAUCAAUUACUGAAUCAUUUUGGACGCAUAUGAGGAUUGAUUGAAUUGGAUUUAGAUAAAAUUAGCUAUUUGUGUGUGUGUGUCUGUGGGGGGGGGGGGGGUGUAAUUCAAUAUUAUAUAUUUUUCAGAUCAUUACAAAUAUGCUCUAAGAUAAAAAUGAUCUUUUUAUGUCUGACAGACAUAUCACAACAUGUAUCUACUUGAUGUCCCUUAACAUAACAUAUACCUAACUUGACCUAAUAUUUGUUAAGUGGAAGUUAACUCUAUUUCUCAUUCUUUAAGAAUAUUUAUGUCAUGUGCUUAGCAAGCAAUUAUUAUCUGAAAGUAAGUAUUUGUAAUGACAAGGAAACCCAAAUUAUAAACUGAAGUUAAUUACUCACUGAGCCAGAUAUUAUUGUUAUCUUAGUGACUACCAUACUCACAAGUUACUAUGUAAUGCUAGCACAGCUCCAUCCAUGGUCUUGGAUGUGUCCUACAUAGGCUACUGAUGGCUAUCUAGAUAUUUCUGGUUUCCCUUGAGAUAUGUUAUAUUAUUAAAGUAACAAAUAUAUUUUCCCUGAUAUGAAAGUUGAUGGUUUAUAUAUAUAUAUUUUGGAUCUGGACUGUCAGGGACAUUUUUCUUUAAAUUCCAAAUUAACUUGCAUGGUAAAUUAUAUGACAGACUAGUUAUACUCCUUUCUAUAAAUAUGUUGCCUAAUGUGAUAAUUUAUAUUGGUACCCUGGUACAUAUUUGAGGAUGGAUGGAACAUUGUAUAUUAUAAUUGUAUUGUAUUUAUUUGAAAUAUGUACAUCUAUUAUAAUUGUAUAUAUUUGAAAUAAUAUGUACAUCUAUUUUAAACAGUUCUUGUUUAACGAUUUUAACAUGUAGCACAGACUUUGGUUGGGGUGUGUGGGAGGCUGUGGCCAAAUAGUUUUUCCCAAAAAUAAUUAUUUUUACAAAAUGUUUUAGAAGAGUAAAAUUCAACAGAGACAAAAAAAACCCCAAAAAACGCCUAUUGUCAGAAUGUGUCACGGAGUGAAAAAUUGCAACCAUAAGCAAGCUUCAAAAAGCUUGCUUCACUUGGAGUGAUAGCUUCUGUGUGCAAUUGUAUUUUACCUCACAGCUACAUAAGAUUGAUAAUCCUUUACAGGAUUUUAGUUUAUUUAUGUUAUAUAGAAAUUAUAUUAAGAUAGUAGUUAUGCUACAUCUGAAUUCCAUGACACAGUUUCACAGAUAUGUGAGAAUUAUAUACAGAAACACAGUGAAAAUGUCCCUAACUCAUAUAAGUAUGUGAUUUCAAAUCUUGUUUGAGAGAUGCACUUAAAUCUUGAAUUCAGAAUGUAACAAUACCAGAUCACCCGGAUAUGUGAGAAUGGUAAUAAUCAGUAUCCGGUAAAUGGAUCACAUAUUAAUUCUCUCAAACGUAGAGAAUGUAAUUAGAAAUAGUGCAGACAUGGUGUAUAAAAUGUGGUUAUUAGAAAGCUAGGAUCUAUAAAAUUCCAACAGUUCUAUGACAGACGCAAUGAUAUUCCAGAGUAGGCACCUGAACACCGCGAGGACGUGUCAUUUCUUCAAUUCAAGAGUCCAUGCAGUACCAGGGACACUUGAAGAAGCAUUGCAACAGAAAUCUGUAUCUCCUCCAGUUGGCGACGUUCGUUGCAUGUUGCGUGUGGCUGCUACAAUUGGACACGCACGUUUCAUGUGUACCACUUGUGGUUAGGUUGGUCUGUGUUCCUUGCGCAAUUGUUCAGCAUAUGCAGUCGUGCCAAAUAUCCCCUUUCAGUUGCUUUAUAUUUCACCAGCACUUCCAGCCAAACCAAUGGGGCAUUUUCAUUGCGUCUCCGUAUUAUUUCAUUGUAAUAAUUGUAAUUGAUAAUUUGUUUUGAAUAAGUGUCAAGUGCCAAUAGAGUCCAAUCUGAACAAAAUGUUAUCUCAUAUCUCAGUUUUAUCAUUAUAUAAGAAACAAGUAUUAAACGUUGAUAGUUUUA